UUUGUUGCAUUAUGAUUUAUCGGAAAGGAAAAAAAAAAAAAAAAAAAAAAAGGAUAGAAGCAAGAUAUAAUUUGCAACAUGUUUGAGUUGAGAAGAAGCAAGAUGAGUGAAGGAGAUAUUUACCCUGUUCUUGUUCAUAGAAGAUGUGUAUGAGUUUGUUACACGAUAUACGUGGCUCCUUUCGUCAUUUCACAGGUCUGAUGGUGGUCUACGGUGUACCCCUACCCACCCAUUUAAUGCAUAAACGUUCAUAAAAUCUGGGACGACCUUCAAGCUCGGACGGCUUUGGUUCAAGUGCAAUUGACAAGCUAAAGAUUUGCACAAGCUACCCGAACCUUGUUUGAAAAUGGGCAUUUGACAUUUCGAUGUUGUGUGUGAUCAUAAAAAUGUCACAGGAGGAAAUUCAAAGUCAGGCUUUUCUGCUUUUCUUUUCUCUGGUUGGGGUUAGAGGUUGAGGUUGUGGCUGGGAAUGAUACUUGGGAGUCAAGACACUUCGGUGAAUUGCUAAAACAAGUUGUGCUUGAACAUAGAUUGUUGAACAUUGAAUAGCAUAUGAAUGAUAAUUACAAGUCACGAGUCAUGACUAAGAAAAUACCAAUUUUGAUACCCUUAAUACUUUUGUUUUCUUUGCUUUUGCCAAAGGAACCAUUGCGAUAAAUUAGUUGGAGAAAGAAACGUUACGCAAAUAGAAACUUACACUCUCCUCUUUCUGCAAAAGCCAUGGCCGUAAAGCUUAUGCAUGCGGUUCAGUACAACAGUUAUGGUGGAGGACCCUCUGGUUUAAAGCUUGUUGAGAUUCCAAUCCCAACUCCGAAGAAAGAUGAGGUUUUGCUGAAAUUAGAAGCAGCUAGUCUGAAUCCCGUUGAUUGGACAAUUCAGACAGGCUUGAUGCGGCCUUUAUUUUUCCCGCGCCACUUUCCUCAUACUCCUGUUAGCGAUGUGGCCGGAGAGGUUGUCGAGGUUGGACAAGGAGUUCGAAAGUUCAAAGUGGGCGAUAAAGUUGUGGCAAUUCUCACCCUCUCUAAUGGAGGUGGAUUUGCUGAAUUUGCAACUGCUAGUGAGAGUUUGACUGUUACUAGGCCGCCGGAAGUUUCAGCAGCCGAAGCUGCAGGGUUACCUAUUGCAGGUAUCACAGCUCACAAGUGUCUCACUCAAGCUGCAGGAGUCAAGCUGGACGGCACCGGCCCGCAGAAAAACAUAUUGGUUACUGCUGCCUCUGGAGGUGUAGGGCACUAUGCAGUCCAACUAGCAAAGCUCGGGAACCAUCAUGUCACAGCCACUUGUGGAGCGCGUAACAUUGAUUUGGUCAAGAGCUUAGGGGCUGACGAGGUUCUUGACUACAAGACCCCUGAAGGGGCAGCUCUAAAUAGCCCUUCUGGUCGGAAAUAUGAUGCUGUGAUCCACUGUACAACAGGCAUUCCUUGGUCCACUUUUAAUCCGAAUUUGAGUCCAAAUGGGAAGGUCAUAGACAUUACUCCCGGUCCAAAGGCUAUGCUUACUUUCACUCUACAGAAACUCACCUGCUCCAAGAAGCAGCUGGUGCCGCUGCUGGUGAUUCGCAAGGCUGAGAACCUGGAAUAUCUUGUUAAGUUGGUGAAGGAAGGAAAGCUCAAGACGGUGAUCGACUCGACGCAUCCUCUGAGCAAGGCUGAAGAUGCUUGGGGUAAGAGCAUCGACGGCCAUGCUACUGGGAAGAUCAUUGUGGAGCCUAAAUAGUUAUACAGUAUUUAUUGUAAACUUCAUGUACUUGAUCUAGGUUUUCUAUAUAUUGACAUAUGAUGGAUAGUAUGCAGAAUAGGAUAUGGGAUUUCAUUAUGUUUGUUUCCCUUUUUUGUUCUUUGGGAAUUGGGAAAUGAUUUCAAUAUUGUAAAUGAUAUGGUUUGGAUUUACAUUCAUUUUAUCUCAGAUUAUGUGUGACAUAAAUUUGAUAGAUCUCUCCCAAAGUUCAUUAUAUUGCAUCAUGGGAGGACAUUUGUUAUUAUCUUCCCUCUUCCUUUAUAACUUAUCUUAGUUUGAGUCCAAAUGAAGGUUAUAGACAUUACUCCCGGUCCAAGUGCAUUGCGUACUUUCGCUCUGAAGAAACUCGAUCACCUUCUCCAAGAAGCAACUGGUGCCGCUGCUCAUGAAUGCCAAGGCGAGAAUCUGGAUUAUCUUGUGAAGUUGGUGAAGGAAGGAAAGCUGAAGACAGUGAUUAACUCAAAGUAUCCUCUGAGCAAGGCUGAAGAAGCUUGGGCUAAGAGUAUUGAUGGCCAUGCUACUGGGAAGAUCAUUGUGGAGCCUUAAAAUAGUUAUAUAUAUAGUAAGUUUGUGUUGUUAACUUCAUGUACUUAGUUGGUAUGUGCUAUAAUUAUAUGGGAUUUAAAAAUA